GAGAGUAUGGAAGGUAUAUAAAUAACUCAAUCUGGAUCGCCAUUUUACAGAGUUCAAUUGGUUUUCAACAUGAAGACAUACCUGGUAGUAUUAUUCUUUGUUGUCGUCGCGUUUGUGGCGGCGCUUGAAGUUGAGGACGUUUCCAGUCCUCAUCUGGUGCAAAAGCGGCAGAUAACUAAGCCUCAGACGAUAUUCGUGAAGCCCCCGCCUGGAUGCAUAUUUUACGAAUGCAUUGCUAAGUGCAGACAGCGUGGUCAUCAAAAUGGAGGAUACUGCACCAUUAAUGGAUGUGUCUGUUUGCGAUAAAGUCUUGUGUAUUAAUAUUUAUGACUUAGUAUAAAGGUUAGGUAGGUUAAAAUAUUUAAACAUCGUGUUUGUAACGUCCAUUAUUAGGUUAUGCUCAUGUACCUCGAUAUGUGACUUUAUAUAUUAUGAAUAUAAUUUUUGACUAUUGUAUGUCAUCCUAUGGUCGUUGACAAUCGUUGUUAUUUGCCGAUUGAAUAUUAUUAUAUGAUAGCUACGCAAUUGAAAUGUAUAAUUAAAUUAUUGUUCGAGAAAUAUACGGUUCAUGUAUUCCUGGUCUAGUUCUUGUAGUUACUACUAUCUCGUGAUUACGGCGUUUAAAUCUCAUAACAUUCCAAUUUUUAAAUUUUAUUUAGUUACGUAUCUACAUAUUACCCACUGAUUAAUGAAUUACAUACGAGUUUAUUUUUUGUAUAUAAAAUAUCGCCUGUUUCCAUUAUUCUAAAUACAACCACAGAUUAUAUAAUAUUAUACUAAUACAAAUAUUCAGCAGCGACAACAGAAUCAGCGCUUUUUAUGAUACGAUAUAUUUGUCGUAGAAAAACACGCAGAGAAAACUGACUAUACUAAAAACGCAAAUACAAACCCUUCAGAACUAUUUUAUAGCUAUAUGCUUCAGCAAGCGACACCCCUGGGCCCUGCCAGUUGUAAGAACGUCACCUUCCUUGACAGUAUUGACAAAAUGUCGCUUGUUAUCGCUUCGUUUAGUUAUUUUCCGAACAAAGACUACUAGGUCUACUCAGAAGUUAUUCAUAAUGAGCCACUCGCAGUAAUUAAUAGGCUUGCUGCCAUUUAACGAAGUGAACUCCCCAGAGUCUCUGAAGAUAUUUCUCGCCCUUUGAAAUAUUUCCAAAGGAUAUUUUUCGAUAUUGAUUAUUCCCAACUCGACGGUCGCUUUGUAGCAUGUCUCGUUAGAGAGCUUGUAAUUAUUGUACGCAAAAUAGAAAAUAUUCGUGUUUCCAACAACAAAGAUAUUAUAUUGAAUAAAGCGGUGACUUCUAUACAGCCAUGUCAACACCGAAAGGUGGCUAAGUUAAGACUAGGACAUAUAUUUAUUCCAUGCUGAAUUUAUGUUUAAGGAAUAUAGUUCUUUUUGAUCAUGGUAUAUAAAUGAAAAUUAUCAGGA